CAACCUGUUAGUUUUUAUAUAAUACUUGUUUCUGCUUUGUCAAUAGGGUUCUUCUUACCCUCAUUCGGACCUUUCAAUGUCAAUAUCACCAAUUCAUAUUCGUAUGUUUUUUCAUUGUAUAUCACAACUGAAUAAAUAUUUCGCAUUUCAUAUAAUUGGAAGAAUGAAACUUGAGAGUUGAUGAGAUGGACAAUGUCUAGGAGAAUGGAAAGUAUCUCAUCAUGUGCAUAUGCAUGCAUGCCCCUUACAAAAUUAACUACUGUCAAAAGAUGCUGCUGAUACAAAAAUGAACUUUCGUUUCAGUCUAUGAAAGUUAAGUGGUGUUUUUACAUCCUCUUAGAUUUUGGAACACAAAUUGGGAAUCAAAAACAUGCAAAUUCUAAAUUCUUACCCCAACGAAACCAGCUGAAAAUCUGUAAUUACAUGGAAAAAUCAGUUAACAUCGCGUGUUGUGAUGUGUGAUAAAGAAUGAACAUAUAGAAUUCUUAAAUGAUCGAAGACAUUUUUAUGACAAAAUUAUGGAGCAGGCAAAUGCAGCGUCCGGAAUGGCCGUGCAUGAUGACUGCAAAUUGAAGUUUCAGGAGCUUAAAGCAAGGCGGAUCUACCGAUACAUUACGUUCAAAAUUGAGGCACAAUCAGUUGUGGUUGACAAAAUAGGGGGAUCGACAGAAACAUACCAGGAUUUUCAGGCCAGUUUGCCAGCUGAUGAGUGUCGCUAUGCCGUGUAUGAUUUUGAUUUCACAACUGAUGAGAAUUGCCAGAAAAGCAAGAUCUUCUUUGUUGCAUGGUCACCAGACACUUCAAAGGUGAGGAUGAAGAUGGUGUAUGCAAGUUCCAAGGACAGAUUCAAGAGGGAACUAGACGGCAUUCAAGUGGAACUGCAAGCAACUGAUCCAAGUGAGAUGAGCUUGGACAUUGUAAAAGCGCGAGCCCUCUAAGUCCCCCCUUUUGCUGCCUCAGCUCUCCUUCACAGUUCAAAGUUUACUAUUUUUUCCUAACUAUUUGACGACAUCGGGGGCCAUACUGUUAUUGUUUAUUUUAGCCUGGAUUCAAUCAACAACGACAAAUCCAAAAUGGCAUGUACUAUUAUAAUGUAUCUUUCUUCCAAACAUUCUUCAGUGUUCCAUUGAUCUUGAUUAGUUUCAAGAGACAAUGUGGAUGGCUGGAUCAAGACUAAGUAGCAUUUAUUAUAGGUUGCUGGUCUGACAUGUUGCCAACCAAACCACUUGGAAGAUGAAUUUAUGUAAAAGUAUUUAUUAUAUACCUCUAUUUUUUUUUUACAUUUCGUGUUUGAAGUAGAUCACUGUCGCCGUACAUUAUUUACAUGCUUUUUUCUUUAAGUUACAAUAUUUAUAUUGUUAACAAACUCUAAAAGGAUGCAACUACAAGAAAUAAACAAACGGGAGAGUGCAUGGCACUGGCACUGACAUGACAAUUGAAAU